AUGUCUGUUGAGGAUAUUCACAUCCCUGUCAUGUACGAACAACUCGAGGACAUCCAAGAUGACUUUGACCAAGUUGACGUAGAGUUGAUGCGCGUGGAGUAUAAACUGACGCGCGAUCUCUACGCCAAGCGCGAAAAGGUCAUUUCUCAAAUCCCAAACUUCUGGCCUCUUGUUUGGGAGCAAGCCCCGCCCGAUAUCGACGAGCACAUUCAGAUGGAGGAUGCUAAGCUCAUUGCGGCUUCUCUCAAGCACAUGUCCGUCGAGCGCUUUGAGCUUCCUGACGGCGAUCCUCGCAGUUUUGCCAUCAAGUUCGAGUUCUCUGAGAACGAGUACUUUGAAGACAAGAUGCUUGAGAAGAAGUUCUGGUAUCGCCACGGCAAGGACGACUUCACCGGUCUCGUGUCUGAGCCUGUUGAGAUCAAAUGGAAGCCCGGAAAGGACUUGACCAAGGGCCUGCUGACCCUGGCCAAGGAGCUUCACGAGGAUGACAAGGCCGGCAAGACUGGCGAUACGCAGAACAAGAUCAAGCUCCUCAAGCUGAAGGAGAACGCCACCGAUGACAGCAACAGCUUCUUCAACUUCUUCGGCUUCCGAGGCCACUACAUCACGGAAGAGGAGAGCCGCGAGGUCGCCAAGACUGUGGAGGAGGAGCGCAAGGCCCGGCAGGAGGGCAAGGAAGUCGAAGUGAAGAUGGAUAAGGAUGCCGACGGUGACGUCGACGUUGAAAACGACGACGACGACGACGAUUACGAGUACGAGUACAAGUACGACGUCUUCCCUCCCGGUGCCAAUGUCGCCCUCGCCAUUGCGGAGGAUCUGUGGCCCGAGGCCAUCCGCUACUUCCAGGAUGGUGCGGAGCUUGCUGCGGCGGAAUCUGAUGAUGACGGUGCAGACGACGAGGGCGGUGAGAUGGACGAGGAUGAGGACGAGGGAAAGCCCAGCAAGAAACGCAAGGCUUGA